AGGAGCUCCACCUGAAGGCCCGCCCCAGUAGGUCCAGUUACUAGGAUACUGGGGAUAAAGCAUUUCCUGCCUAGAUGUCUUGGCAGCUUCCACUGCCAUGGAGACCACUGGGAGCUGAAGGAGCUGCUGGCACCCAGAAAGCAGCAGCAGAAGAAAGUGGUCUUUGACUAGCUGAGCAAGUGGGUGAACAGGGGCCAGACCUGAGCCGGGAGCCAACCCACCUACUCAGCAAUUCUCACAUGCAGUUCCCAGGUGGGAGCUGAGGAGAGAAGCAGCAGGAGGAGGGGGCUCAGAGACCCACGAUCUGCCUGUCUCCUUUCCGCAGCCAUGUUUAUCACUGUGAUGUUUGGAGCUGAUUGUCGCAUGCUAGUGAACUCCUGGUGCAGCCUGGUGACCUUCAUUGUGCAUCUGAAACAGAAGGCUCAGGUGCCCCCAGAAGUAACCAUUGCUCUCCUGGCUGAAGACGGGCGCCUGGUGAGGCUGGAAGAGGGGACGGUCCAGGCCCCUUCCAUGGCCUGUUCCCUGCUGCAGGAGCAAGGGACCUAUGUCCUUGUACGGAUCAUUAGAGGGAAAGAUGGGGCUCCCACCCACUAUGAGUCUCUACUGGACAACCUAGAUGACCAAUACCCAGAAUUAGCGGCCUCUGUAGCCAGCCCUCUUCCACCAGGACGUCAGCUCUCUUCUGAAAUGGAGUCAUCACGUAUCCACAGGGUGGAUUUCCUGGAGAGGCGAGCAGGUAUCCAGUGGGCAAAUGGUAACAUCCUUCCAGGUUCAACUUCUUCUGAAGGCGUCUCUGGUCACCUGGAUAUAUGCACCCAUCUACCCUUCCAGAUCCUGCAGCAGGGGUGGUAAUGCUUUAACCUCUGGCUGGUAUGCUUCAGGUCCCUCAAAACACGGCCAUGCAUCCCUGGCAACACUGAAGGCUGUUUAUGUGCAGCACGAAUAAAUGUUUUAGGGUUUGGGGGUUGUAUUUUUUGUUGUUGUUAAGACAACUUACAGAGAUCCACCUGCCUCUGUCUCCCAAGUGUUGGGAUUAAAGGUGUGUGUCACC